AUGGAUUCUCCCGUAUGGGAUCAUCGGCCAGAAUAUGGCGAUUACCGGUCUCUGGCCCGCGGUUUGCCAUUGAACUCUGCAGCGACUGCGCAUUUUUCUUCAGCAGAUGAGGAUUUGAGACAUCCGAGUAUAUUUUCUGAUGCGAUCUUAUCGAUUGUGAAAGCAAAGACUGAGGAUGUAAAUGGGAGUUUGUUGUUAGAUGAGGAUUAUUUGAGGGAGCAUGAUGGAGUGAGCGAUUUUAGUAAAUAUGCUUUAGUUCCCGGGACUACCCCGAGGAGGAUCAUGCCGAUGAAGUUUCCGGAUUUGAGAUUUGAGGAGCAGGAUGAUGAGGGGGUGAGAAUGGAUAGUGCGAAGAAAGAAGAGAGUGGAAAGUUGAGUAAACUAUGA